AUGCAGCUACCGACGUCCAUAGCUUUCGCCCUGCUAGUGGGGCUCGCUAGCGCGGCGCCCGUCUUCGAAAAGGACAGCUCCAAGAUCCUGGUCACCAAAGAUUUCUUCCCGGAAUCCCUCGCCAUCUACUCAAGCGAACAUGACAUCGUCAACAUGUACGUGCCGAUCAACGGUUUAAACUUUAAAAAGGACGACGACGAGUCGGAGGAGGAAAGGAAGGUGCUUCUCUUCUUCGUGGAGGCCGAUCAGGACGAAUACGGCAAUAGGGACUAUCGCGGCCUGUACGUCUUCAAGGACGGCGUGCCUAAGAAGCUGCUAGAAGGCGGGCGGGACGCUGCCGCUGCGAACGACUACGAAAAAGACGUGUACUUAGCAGCGCACGACGGUAUCUACUGGUACAACUACGAGGAGAACGUCGCCGAGAAAUACGGCUCCAUUACGGACAGCAUCAUCGGCAUAGCGAAAGAAACCGACACCGAUGUCAUAUAUAUACUCACAGAGGACAAGAAAGUGUACAGAGUAACGGAAGACGGCAACAAGAAGGAGUGGAUCGAAGAGAUCGGCGAAGCGGAGCAGAUCAUACUAGACUACGAGAACAACCUGUACUACUACGGCUCCGAUAAGCAGCCGUAUGUUUACAACGAGGACGGCGUGAAGAAGAUCGAGGGCGCGCCAAUAGGAGCUAAAAAGGUGCAGCUUCUUAAGCCGCCGCUGUACUCGGAAAACGUGGUGCCUUUCGUAGCAGACGGGCAGAGCUACGUGAUCUACGCGGACGGCUACGCCGAAGAGUUCGACCUGGAGUUCGAACCGGACGCGAUCCCGACCGCAUACGCGAUGGAGGCGACUCUGAUGCAAUACUUCGCUAUCGACAAGACAAUCUACGAGUUCGACCUCGCAGAAAUGAUGGUGGACGGGAUCUACGACGUAAUUGAAGAGAUCCUUGAGAGCUACUUGGAGAUAAUCAAAGAGAUUCUCGCCUUGGACGUUUUCAACUUCAAU